GAAUAGUACACUUAGGUAAUUAGUGCGAGCGGGACAGCCAGUGGCACGCUUCCAACAUGAAUCUGAUGUUUCGAAAGAACUUCACAACUGAAAAGACAGUUUCGGGAAAUACUAGUGGGGGGAAGGCGAAGGGGGCUUUGGGCGCGGGGCGGAAUGCGAAGAGAAGGGACAGACAAUACAUGGAAGAACACCACUACAGGACCCAUCUGUUCUUCUCGGCUCCGCGAGCGAGCGCGCAAUACAACGACACAGGUAACUCGCAAAAACGAUGCGGCCCCGUGCUGGGUGGCGGCAGCGGCCCCGAAUCGGAGCCGCCACAGCCGCUGGUGACUCGGGAACCCUCCGUCUCCCUGCUGCGAUGGGAGCGGCCGCCGACGAACGAGCGCCGCCGCACGGAGCCCGUCUCGCUGGCCACGCUCGAGCGGGACUGCUUCGUCAUACCGGCGCACGCGUUGGGACGGUUCCUACCUGAUGGGGUUCCGCUCCCAGUGCCACCUCCAACGCCGGAGAAGGGUGUAGCGACCAAAACUCAGAACUCACUUAGCAUCCUCGAGGUGGCAGACCCGAAACUUUGUAUUCUAGCGCAUCUCAUGAGCCCCUUAGAACCCAUAGAGCCUAUUCUCGAAUCUCCGCUUGCCAAACCCUUAUUUAAGCAGAAAACUGCCGCAGGAGAACUCUUGAAUGAUGUAGCACACGCAAAUACAGCGGUUGGAGGAAUGCUGUUGGCGAACAUGGAAAAGAACGCUGAGUUCCCCUUUAUAUCGUACUACGUGAUUAACACGACUCAAACAGAUCCUCUCUCGUUCUACAACAACAUGAGGAGUGCUUCGUUGACCAAAUUCGACCCGAAGACUAUCAGGUACUCGGCAGCUCACACCCUAGACCUGUACAGCGAGGUGGCUAUGAUCUGUCGCCCGCCCUUCAACGAUCUAGCUGGGGGACCAAAGAAAUCGCACACACCCACCACCGGUUUUAUCAUUAGUGUUUAUAAGGUGUUCGAAGGUGACGACGGCGAGCGAUUCGAACGCAACUGGCUGUACUGGACGGGAGCGCGGAUGCUGUAUCGCCAUCUCCCUCACUCCGUAGGCAUGAGGAAGAUAGCACUACACAAAUCAGUCGCUGCUCACGGUGACAAGAUGUAUCUUUUGGUCUGCGAGUGUGCGAACCUGUUGGACGACCUAUCGGGAGCGGCCAUGCUGAUCACGGCUCUGCGGGCCAGACUGUGCGGGUAUACUGGACUGUAUAGGCCUAUACAGACUUUCUAGUAGCGGGAUCGGGCCCUUUUGGAGUAUCCAAAUGGGCGAAAGAUGGCUUUGAGCCAGUAUAGCCGUUAAUGAUCGUUGUUUGUGAGCCAACUGUGGCUUGUAUGGAAAGCAUGUAUGGUCUAGAUAAGAGAUAGGAUACGAGUGGCAUCUUCAAGCCAGUAUAGCCUUUAAUACCGGUUGUUGUCAGUAUGAGCGUGUUUGGCCUGUACGUGUAAACCCAAGAGUAUUGGGUCUGCAAAAGAUGAAACAAGUCACGUCUUCAAGCCAUUAGAGCAAGAAUGACCUGAAUGUUAUGUCUACAAUGUCCUGUGAGCAAGUAUGUCCUGAUGGGCUAAUUUGGAAUGUAAAGGAUGGACUUUGAAGCAGGAUCAGGCUUGGCCUUGUAAAUAUAAUUAAGGGUAAUGGGAGCACCGUUUUAGUACUAAGUACAAUGCGCGAUUGGUGGCUUGCUGUUUAGAUUUGGAGGGAAUCUCGCCUAAUAGAUAAUGCUGCCAUUUUAAGAUAAUAUGCACGUGUCAUCUUAUGGAAUUAUGUGAGUUAUGUGUAUUUGUUGUAAUGAUUCUCUGAAUACAACGAAAUAUGGAGAACUGCCAAAAUUUUGGAUGUGUAGGCACUUGAAAGAUAACAUAAUAUUCUGGUAAAUGCUCUAGGUAUAGCAUUUAUGUACUUUUAGUAAACCUUAAUAAGCCACCUUUAAUAUCGGAGUCAGAAUACGAAUCCAAAGUCCAAAUAUGUUUUAAUGUUUUCCAAAAACACGGUAGGUAAACACCAAAACAUAAUCUAGCAGUAACAAAGAGAGCUUAGUUCCAUCAAACAUAUCAACAUACAUAUCACAAUCAGAACAGAUUUUAAUAUUUGAUCAGCAACACCCUACUUGAAAAUUUUAGAAUUUGGAUGACCAACAGAAAACCAAACCGACUAACUUUAUGUUGUAAUGGGGAUUGUCCAUUUUUUUUAAUUUUGCUCAUUACAAAAACA